GUGCCGCCAUAAUGGUGCGCAUGAACGUCCUGGCUGAUGCUCUUAAGAGCAUCAACAAUGCCGAAAAGAGAGGCAAACGCCAGGUUCUUAUAAGGCCGUGCUCCAAAGUCAUCGUCCGGUUUCUAACUGUGAUGAUGAAGCAUGGUUACAUUGGCGAAUUUGAAAUCAUCGAUGAUCACAGAGCUGGGAAAAUUGUUGUGAACCUCACAGGCAGGUUAAACAAGUGUGGAGUGAUCAGCCCAAGGUUUGAUGUGCAACUCAAAGAUCUAGAAAAAUGGCAGAAUAAUCUGCUCCCAUCACGCCAGUUUGGUUUCAUUGUACUGACAACUUCAGCUGGCAUCAUGGACCACGAAGAAGCAAGAAGAAAACACACAGGAGGGAAAAUCCUGGGAUUCUUUUUCUAGGGAUGUAAUACAUACUGAAAAAUAAAAUGCUUCAAUGGACAAAAAAAAAAAAAAAAAAAACAAAAACAAAAA